AUGUCCGCUAUGACGAUGACAAGCGGUGGCACUAAUAAUACUAAUCCUAAUGGAGGUAAUGAUCCAAUAGAUAGUUUUAGUCUAUUUCAUAAUCGAACUCCUAUUUGGUCGACAUCAAAUCAAUCAGGAUCUGAUCAUUAUUGGAAUGAAUCAUUGCUUUCACCAUCUAAUCGUCCAUGGCCAUCUGAACCAUUUGGUAGUGAUAUUGGUGGAGAUGAAUUACCUUAUCCAAGACAAUUAAAUCAUCAUCAUAAUCAUGAUUUUAGUCCAUUACCAUCAUCACCAGCAAAUAUUUUAAAUGGUAAUAAUCAUCAUAUAAGUCAAACAGGACGUUUUCAAUUUCCAAAUGAUUCAACAUCAUCACCAUAUUCUUCACAACAAUUACCUCUUAUAUCAUCAUGUUUUAAUGAUUCAUUAUACGAUCCAUCACCAUCAUCAUCAUCAAAUAUAUUUUCAAAUGAUAUUGAUCGACGUAACAUUAAUAAUAAUAAUAAUAAUAAUAAUAAUUUACUUGGUAAUCGUCAUUCAUUGGAUAGUCAAAAAUUAAGUUUAGAUCAAAUGGUUAAUCGUUUUAAUGAUCUACAAUUACAACCACCAUCAUCAUCAUCAUCAUCAUCUUAUCCAAAUUCAUUUUUAUCACAAACAAAUGAUCAACAACAAAUUUUAUCAUCAUUUUAUUAUCAACCAUCAUCACCAUUUACAAAUCAUUUAUAUAUGAAUUCACCAUCACAAUAUCAACAAAAUGGACUACCACUACCACAAUCAUUACCAACACCAACAACAUCAUCAAAUAUAUUUAAUGAUCGUUAUGAUCAUACAGAUGGUUAUUUACCAUUUUCAAAUAAUUCAUCAUAUUUAUCAACAAUGCGUUUUUCACCUAAUCAAGCUUAUCGUACAACAAAAAGUGGUAAACAACAAAUUGGACCUGAAAAUUCGAAUUUAUUUAUAUGUCAUUUACCACAAGAAACAACUGAUCAAACAUUAAUGAAUUUAUUUUCACAAUUUGGUACAGUUUUGUCGGCGAAGGUAUUUGUUGAUAAAAAAACAAAUCAAUCAAAAUGUUUUGGUUUUGUUUCAUAUGAUAAUCCUUCGUCGGCACAACAAGCCAUAUUAAGCAUGGAUGGAUUUAGUGUCGGUCCCAAACGACUGAAGGUCGAAUUGAAAAAACCACGUCGUAAUUCAUAG